AUGAAAAAUUCUUGGUUUUCCAACGAACAACUCAUCAAGCUCAACCACUUGCUUGCAAAGCUCACUCGCUCAAACCAAUACACAGAGUCUCUCAAACUCUUCACCCAAAUUCACUCAUCACACACUCUGAGACCAGACCACUACACCCUUUCAACAGCACUCACUGCCUCUGCCAACACGCGCCAUGUCACCUUCGGGAACCAGCUUCACUCCCACGCCAUUCAAACAGGCCUCAAAGCCCAUUCCCAUGUUGCAAAUUCCUUGCUUUCUCUCUAUGCAAAAUCUGAACACCUUGCUUCUGUUGAAGGUGUCUUUGCAGAGAUACAAAACCCAGAUGUGUAUUCGUGGACAACACUGCUAGCUGCUUUAACUAGGCUGGGACACGUUGAUUAUGCCCUUCAAGUGUUUGAUGAAAUUCCCAUGAGAAACGUGGCUAUUUGGAAUGCCAUCAUUACUGGUUGCGCGGAUAAUGGGCAUGAAGGUUUUGCUAUGGACUUGUUCAGGGAUAUGCAUAGGAUGGGUGUUAGGCCUGAUAAUUACACCUUUGCCAGCAUGUUGAGUUUGUGUUCUUUGGAGCUUUUGGAUUAUGGAAGGCAUGUUCAUGGAUUAGUUAUCAGAAGUGGUUUCUUGGGUAGGAAUUCUGUGGUUAAUUCUCUGAUCACUAUGUAUUUUAACUGUGGGUGUGUUGUGGAUGCUUGUGAGGUGUUUGAGGAAACAGAAGCUGCCCUGCGGGAUCAUAUUACAUAUAAUGCAAUGAUAGAUGGUUUUGUAACUAUGGAUAGAAAUGAAGAUGCGUUUAUGAUGUUCAGAGAGAUGCAACGGGGUGGUUUUGGUGUAACGGAACUUACCUUUGUGAGUGUCAUGAGCUCUUGUUCAUCUUUAAGAGUUGGCUGUCAAGCACAAGCACAUGCUAUCAAAACGGGUUUUGUUGCUUUUGCUGCUGUGAACAAUGCAACGAUGACCAUGUAUUCCAGCUUUGGGGAGGUGAAUGAAGCUCAAAAUAUUUUUGAGAGAAUGGAAGAAAGGGAUCUUGUUUCAUGGAACAUAAUGAUUUCAACAUUUUUUCAAGAGAAUCUUAAGGAAGCAGCAAUAUUAAUCUAUCUGAGAAUGAGGAGAGCUGGAAUUGAACCAGACGAAUUUACUUAUGGAAGUCUGCUAGCUGCCUCAGACUCUUUGCAAAUUGUGGAGAUGAUCCACUGCCUCCUAUCCAAAAAUGGGCUUAUGAAAGUUGAAGUUUUGAAUGCAUUAAUUUCUACAUACUGCAGACAUGGAAAGAUAAAGCGGGCCUUUCAAAUUUUCUCUGAUCUUCCAUAUCAAAAUUUGAUAUCCUGGAACAGUAUCAUAUCUGGGUUCCUGAUAAAUGGAUGCCCUCAGCAAGGGUUAAAGCAAUUCUCUGCAUUGCUUAACACACAUCUCAAGCCAAAUGCCUAUACCCUCAGUCUUAUUUUGAGCAUUUGUUCUAGCAUUUCCACCAUGAGUCAUGGGAAACAGGUUCAUGGUUACAUACUACGACAGGGUUUUUCUUCAGAAAUUUCUUUGGGUAAUGCCCUUGUGACAAUGUAUGCUAAAUGUGGAUCUUUAGACAGGUCUUUGAAAGUAUUUAAUGCAAUGGUUGAAAGAGAUACAAUCUCUUGGAAUGCUCUAAUAUCUGCUUAUGCGCAACAUGGAGAAGGCGAAGAAGCCGUGUACUGUUUUGAGACAAUGCAAAUCUCACCUGGAAUCAAACCAGACCAGGCUACGUUUACUGCAGUUCUUUCAGCUUGCAGUCAUGCAGGUUUAGUUGAUGAUGGUACCCGUAUUUUUGAUAUGAUGGUGAAAAUUUAUGGACUUCUGCCGAGUGUGGAUCAUUUUUCUUGCAUAGUUGAUCUGCUGGGUCGCAGUGGAUACCUUGAUGAGGCAGAAAGAGUAAUUGAAAGUGGGUGCUUUGGAGCACAUUCCAAUAUCUGCUGGUCAUUGUUUAGUGCUUGUGCAGCUCAUGGUAAUAUAAGACUAGGAAGAACGGUUGCUAGACUUCUCUUGGAAAGAGAUCAUAACAACCCAUCAGUUUAUGUGCUCUUAUCAAACAUCUGUGCUGCUGCAGGCCAGUGGGAAGAAGCAGCUAAUCUGAGAGAUAUGAUGAGAGACUUUGGGUCCACAAAGCAGCCUGGCUGCAGUUGGAUCAGAACCUAA